AAGAGAAAGUAAUAGUUUAAUGGAUUGUGGGAGAGAAUGGACGCCACCGUAUCUACAAAAAUCCUAAAAAUUCGAUUCAGUUAGCUUUAAAAAGCAAAGGACAGAUAAAAGCGUAUAUAAAUAUAAUCUCAUACGUAUAUAAAGAAUUCAAUAUUAAAUUGCGGAAAAGUCAAAAAAGAAUUGAAAAUACUCUCAACUCUGUUCUGUUCUCAAUCGCUAUUAUUCAAAGAAACUCCUCCACCUUUCUACAGAAAAAGGGUACCUGCAAAUUUGCCAGUCUUUUAAAGGAAGUUCCCUAAUAUAUCCGCUAUACGCACACAUGUCUGUGGGUGCAUGUGUUCUUGGGGCCUUUCUUGCUCGGAUAUGAACUGGGUUACAGAGAAACAACAAGAAAACCAAGAAAGCAAACGGCAACAACUUAAACAAGAAACAGAGAUAUUCUAGUUCUUAGUUUCUUCGUAUCCAUGGCUGUGAAGCUACAGCAGAUCCACCACCAACAUCACCACCACCACCACCACUCUGUAGCUGUCAAGGUAAAUGAGCAGCAGAUGGGGACAAAAAGGGGGUACACAUUUAUCCAAGCUCACAGGGCUUGGCUUCCUAAAUUCCUGUUGCUCUGGGUCAUGCUUGUGGCAUUUAUUAGUUGGAUGAUAUACAAUGGCAUGGAUGCUGAUAAUAAAGUAAGAAGAAAGGAAGUACUGGGUAGCAUGUGUGAUCAAAGGGCAAGAAUGUUGCAAGAUCAAUUCAGUGUUAGUGUUAACCAUGUCCAUGCGCUUGCCAUUCUUGUGUCUACGUUCCAUUACAACAAAAACCCAUCUGCAAUUGACCAGGAAACAUUUGCUGAAUACACUGCUAGAACAUCAUUUGAGCGGCCAUUGUUGAGUGGGGUAGCCUAUGCACAGAGGGUGGUUGAUUCAGAGAGGAAGGAAUUUGAGAGGCAACAUGGAUGGACAAUAAAGACAAUGGAGAAGGAGCGUUCACCAAUACGAGAUGAGUAUGCGCCAGUGAUAUUUUCUCAAGAAACUGUAUCCUACAUUGAAUCUCUUGACAUGAUGUCAGGGGAGGAGGACAGAGAAAACAUACUGAAGGCUAGAGCUACAGGGAAAGCUGUUUUGACAAGCCCCUUCAGGUUACUAGGUUCGCAUCAUCUUGGUGUCGUCUUGACGUUCCCAGUUUACAGGUCUAAGCUUCCUCAAAACCCCACAGUGGCACAGCGUAUAGAAGCAAGUGCAGGAUACCUUGGUGGAGCCUUUGAUGUUGAGUCCCUUGUGGAGAAUUUACUUGGACAACUUGCUGGGAAUCAGGCAAUUUUAGUGAAUGUUUACGAUGUAACUAACUCUUCAGAUCCCUUAAUCAUGUAUGGUCACCAAAAUCAAGAUGGUGACAUGUCUCUUGUGCAUGAAAGCAAGCUUGAUUUUGGAGACCCAUUCAGGAAACAUCAGAUGAUAUGUAGAUAUCAUGAGAAGGCGCCGACGUCAUGGACGGCACUCACUACCGCAUUCUUAUUCUUUGUGAUCGGUUUGUUAGUGGGUUAUAUCUUAUAUGGCGCAGCAAUUCAUAUUGUCAAAGUGGAGGAUGAUUUUCAUGAAAUGCAGGAGCUGAAAGUCCGUGCAGAAGCUGCUGAUGUUGCCAAAUCCCAGUUUCUUGCUACUGUAUCUCAUGAAAUCCGAACACCUAUGAAUGGCAUUCUUGGAAUGCUGGCUUUGCUCCUAGAUACUGAUUUAAGUUCAACACAAAGGGAUUAUGCUCAAACUGCUCAAGCUUGUGGAAAGGCACUGAUAGCAUUGAUAAACGAGGUGCUUGACCGGGCAAAAAUUGAAGCUGGCAAGUUGGAGCUUGAAGCUGUCCCGUUUGACCUUCAGUCCAUACUAGAUGAUGUUCUUUCUUUAUUUUCUGAGAAGUCUAGAAACAAAGGAAUUGAGCUGGCUGUGUUUGUUUCUGACAAAGUUCCAGAUAUUGUUCUGGGGGAUCCUGGGAGAUUCAGACAGAUAAUUACCAAUCUUGUGGGGAACUCUGUUAAGUUCACUGAACGAGGGCAUAUAUUUGUUAAAGUUCAUUUAGAUGAACAUGCUAAGGCCACUACAUUUGCAAAAGCUGACAGUUGUUUGAGUGGAGGAUCCAAAGAAAGUGUAAUAAUGUCUGGUGCUCGCCAGUUCAAAACCUUAAGUGGUUUUGAAGCAGCUGAUGAUCGGAACAGUUGGGAAGCCUUUAAGCAUUUAGUUGCUGAUGAAGAAUUCCAAUCCAGUGGUUCAUUAAAUGUGCUAACCACUAAUGAAGCUUCCGAGAGUGUUACUUUGAUGGUAUCUGUGGAGGAUACAGGAAUUGGAAUCCCCUUGCAUGCUCAGGAUCGUGUUUUCAUGCCCUUCAUGCAGGCAGACAGUUCAACCUCGAGAAAUUAUGGAGGAACUGGUAUUGGCUUGAGCAUCAGUAAAUGUCUGGUUGAGCUUAUGGGUGGUCAUAUAAACUUUAUUAGCCGGCCGCAGGUUGGAAGCACAUUUUCAUUCACUGCUGCUUUUGGGAGGUGCAAGAAAAAUGCAUUUAACAAAAUGGAAAAGCGAAAUUCUGAAGAUCUUCCUUCCAGCUUCAGAGGAUUGAAAGCAAUGGUAGUUGAUGGAAAACCAGUUAGGGCUGCUGUAACCAGAUACCAUUUGAAGAGGCUUGGUAUUGUGGCUGAAGUUGCAAGUAGCCUCAAGGUGGCUGCAGGUACCUGGGGAAAAAAUGGUUCACUGACGUCUGGUGGCAGCAGUACCCAGCCAGAUAUAGUUCUGGUUGAGAAGGACUCAUGGAUUUCAGGGGAGGAUGGUUGUUCAAGCGUAUGGCCACUGGACUGGAAGCAGAGUGGACUCGUUUUUAAGUUGCCUAAGAUGAUACUUCUUGCUACUAAUAUCAGUAAUGAUGAAUUUAAUAAAGCAAAAGCAUCAGGUUUUGCAGAUACUGUGAUCAUGAAACCUUUGAGAGCAAGUAUGGUGGCUGCAUGUCUUCAGCAGGUGUUGGGACUGGGGAAGAAGAGGCCACAAGGGAAAGAUGUGCCGAAUGGAUCUUCUUUUCUCCGGAGUCUACUCUGUGGCAAGAAAAUUCUGGUGGUUGAUGACAAUAUGGUAAACCGUAGAGUUGCUGCAGGUGCACUGAAGAAGUUUGGAGCUAAUGUGGAGUGUGCCGACAGUGGCAAAACAGCGCUAAAAUUGCUUCAACUACCACACAGUUUUGAUGCAUGCUUCAUGGAUAUUCAAAUGCCAGAAAUGGAUGGGUUUGAGGCAACUCGCCGUAUCCGGCAGAUGGAGAGCGUGGCAAAUGACCAGAUAAAUGGUCAAUCCAUGGUGGAAGAAGGAACUGCUAAAAAGGGUGAGUGGCAUGUGCCAAUUUUAGCCAUGACUGCUGACGUGAUACAUGCCACAUAUGAUGAGUGCCUGAAAUGCGGGAUGGAUGGAUACGUGUCAAAGCCUUUUGAGGAAGAAAAUCUCUACCAGGCAGUUGCCAAGUUCUUCAAAGCCAAACCUAUCUCAGACUCAUAACCGGAUCUCUCUUGCCUCCUGUAAACCAGGCAAAAUAUAAAUUGUAGAGUUUUAUUGGGUUGAGCACUGCCAGCAAUUUUCAAUCAUCUGCUGGUGAUGAUGGAUGAUGGAUGAUGGUUUCCUUGGAUUUUUAUGAUUCUUGAUCAAUGGUGAUCGCAGGUUUGGCUGUAUGGGCACUUAUUUCUAACCAACUUCCUAUUAACUUGACUAGAAUCAGAGUACAUGUAUACUACUAAAGGAGCCUCCAUCCCCCUUUUAUGUAUAGAUCCUAGAAGAGGAAGGGAGCAAAAGGUGUAAAUCUCAUAAUUUUUUGUCUUGUUGCUUUGUUGAUGAAAAGGGGUCUCCACACCUUGAUCUGUAUUGUUGUCUGUUCUACAUUGACUUAAAAAUCAGUGAACUUUUCAAUACUGAAAAAAGGUAGCCAUCAGUAAAAUGUGCAUAUCCACAUUAUCCAGA